GACUCUCUCACUCUCUCUCUCAAAUACCUGAUACCAAAAAUUGAAAUUAAAAAAACAAAACGAAAAUAAAAACUAACAAAAACUCCAAAAAUUCUCUCUCACUCAUUCUUGAAAAUUUUCCCCAGAAAAAGAAAUAUGGACUCAACGCCCAUGAACUGGGAAGCGCUGGACGAUCUUGUCAUUGAUUUUGCGAAAUCAGAGAAUUUGAUCGAGGACUCCUUUUCUUCUCCGUCGCCAUUAUCUUCUCCGUCUCCAUCCUCUUCUGUCUCCUCUUCAUCUUACCAAUCCAGAUUGAUCAUUCGCCAGAUCAGACGGUGCUUGGAGGCCGGUGACAUUGACUCGGCCAUCGAUCUUCUCCGGACUCACGCUCCUUUCGUCCUUGAUGACCAUAGGCUUCUGUUUCGUUUGCAGAAGCAGAAAUUUAUUGAGCUACUGAGGAGUGGGACAGAGGAGGCCAGAGAUUCUGCAAUUGAAUGCAUAAGGACCGCUCUUGCUCCCUGUGCUCUCGAUGCCUAUCCGGAAGCAUAUGAGGAAUUCAAGCAUGUCCUUCUGGCAUUUAUAUAUGACAAAGAUGACCAGAGUUCUCCUGUGGCAAAUGAGUGGUCUGAGAGGAGGAGGUUUGACAUCGCUGGAUUAAUGUCUUCUGUCCUAAGAGCUCAUUUACAUGCAUAUGAUCCAGUCUUUUCAAUGACAUUGAGAUAUUUGAUAAGCGUACAUAAAGGUUUCUGCUAUCGCCAAGGAGUCUCAUCACCCAUUUCAAAUCUUACUGAAAGGUUGCUUCUUGAAGAACGGGAUCCUCCUGCUGUACCACAAGAGAGCUUGUAUGAGGCACCUCCUUUUGAUGAGGUGGAUAUACAAGCUCUUGCACAUGCUGUUGAGCUUACAAGACAAGGGGCAGUUGAUAGUUUGAGAUUUGCCAAGGGAGAUCUGUUUCAAGCAUUUCAGAAUGAAUUAUGUCGGAUGAAAUUGGAUGUCUCCAUGCUCGAUGAGCUUGUCCGAGAAUACUGUGUUUAUAGGGGCAUUGUGGAUUCUGGUCUUGCUUCACCUUCUGGUAUGCAGAACUCUUCUGGACCUUUAAAGGUCAAUCAACAAGAAACUGGCUAUUGUUCAUCAAGAACCUGUUCUCUUGAAGUGGAUCAUGGUACCGGUAAACAUUCAGAUGGUGAAACUUCCAUGAGCAGCGCUCAAACAGAUGGUUCGCCUGAAAAUAAUGUGGGCAUGAAUAACAUAAAAGGGACUGAUGCUGAGUUAAGAUAUUCUUGUGAAUCAAGUAGCAAUUGUGAUGAUUGUAGCACCAGUGGAUCACAUCAAAGUGGAGUCUUGAAAGUUCUGCAGAGAAACAGAACCUAUGUAACUGGAGAAAGGAGUAAACGCAAGAGAUGGAGGGGAAGGCAAGAUGACCAAGAUUAUGUUUCUGGAGUUCCUUCCCAUGGUUGCAGCAAGCUUGAUUUCAAUUCUACUGCUGCCUGUAUAAAUAUGUCAAGGGAACAACAGGGCAUUGAGAAAAGUUCCCUGUUGGACCUGAACAGCAGGGAUGAUAAAUAUGAGAUUUUGCUGGGGAUGAAAGAACUAGCAAGUAGAGGAAUGGCUUCCGAGGUUGUGGAAGAAGUUAAUUCUUUGGAUCCACACUUUUUUGUGCAAAAUCCUAUCUUGCUCUUCCAAUUGAAGCAGGUUGAAUUUCUUAAGCUGGUCAGUUCUGGCGACCAUUCAAAUGCUCUAAAGGUUGCAUGCUCACAUUUAGGGCCCUUGGCUGCAAAUGAUCCAUCUCUGCUGAAGCCCUUGAAGGAGACUUUGUUGGCAUUACUCCGUCCUAAUGAAGAUGCGAUAGGAAAAGGCUUACCUUUACAUGCUCUUGCAACUUCUCUCCAGGUUGCAAUUGGUAGGAGGUUUGGUAUUGAAGAACCGCAGCUCAUGAAGAUGAUGAGAGCAAUGCUUCACACGCACAAUGAGUGGUUUAAGCUUCAAAUGUGCAAAGAUCGCUUCGAAAAUCUUUUGAGGAUUGAUUCCUUGAAAGAAGUUAAUACUCCCAUGCUUUCUGCAUGUUCCAUGUCAAAGUCAAAUGCUGAUAGCUGCACCCAAGCAUCCUACCAAGUUACUGUAUCUUCAACCACCAGGUUGUCCGAAGAUGGGGGCAGUCCAACUCAAGUGUCAUCUAGAGAUGUCAUAUGUGACGAGAAUGCUAUACUCAAAGUUAUGGAAUUUCUUGCCUUGCCUAGGGCAGAUGCCAUCCAUCUCCUCGCACAGUACAAUGGAAAUGCUGAGACAGUGAUCCAGCAAAUAUUUGCAUAGGUUGAUAUCUAUAACUGUACCAAAAAAUACAUUUAUUUGUUUUGAUUUAUUUGGUAGCAUUAUUAUUUUAUUCAAUUUGUAUCAUAGCUGUAGAUAUACAAAUACGAUGACUUGCAAGGGAUUGCUACUGCCAUAUGCCGAAGAACACGGACUUGUUUUUAUUGGUCUCUGUACAAUCUACCAUCAAGUGUUCUUGUCAUUAAUAAAGCAAAUUAUUUGAUUUA